AUGGUCAAGGCUGUUGCUGUUAUCCGUGGUGACUCGAAGAUUUCCGGUACUGUUACCUUUGAGCAGGCCGCCGAGUCCAACCCCACCACCAUCACCUGGAACAUUACUGGCCACGACGCCAACGCUGAGCGUGGUUUCCACAUUCACCAGUUCGGUGACAACACCAACGGUUGCACUUCCGCUGGUCCUCACUUCAACCCCUUCGGCAAGACCCACGGUGCUCCCACUGAUGCCGACCGUCACGUUGGUGACCUUGGUAACUUCAAGACCGAUGCUGAGGGCAACGCCACUGGCUCCGUUCAGGACAAGCUUGUCAAGCUGAUCGGUGCCGAGAGCGUUCUGGGCCGCACUCUUGUUGUCCACGCCGGCACUGAUGACCUCGGCCAGGGUGGCAACGAGGAAUCCAAGAAGACCGGUAACGCUGGACCCCGUCCUGCCUGUGUGGUGCUCUUUUCCACCAUGCCUUUCGAAGCUCGCGUCAAGUCCGUGCUGUCAGGCGACACAGUUGUCCUGUCGCAUGUCACCAAUCCUACACAAGACCGCGUCCUGAGCUUGGCCUAUGUCUCCGCUCCUAGAUUAAGGCGAGAGGGCGAUGAGGCAUAUGGCUUUCAAUCCCGUGAAUUUCUCCGUGAACUCCUUGUCGGCAAGGUGAUUCAAUUCCAAGUCGUAUACACUAUUCCCACCGGCGCCAAGCGUGAAUAUGGUAUUAUCAGACUACCUGGCUUCAACGCCCAGUUGCCUGAUAUCUGUGUGCAAGAGGGUUGGGCUCGGGUUCGUGAGGAGGCGGGAAAGCGUAGUGACGAGUCCCCUGAGACCGUAGAGCUGCUUGGUCGGUUGCGCGCGUUGGAGUCAUUGGCCCAGAGUGAGAACAAGGGUGUCUGGGCAUCUUCAGACAACGGUCUGAUCGACACAAACAAUGAGUCCUGGACUAGUGCAGCGCUUGUCCAGAAGUUCAAGGGUGUCCAGAUGGAGGGUAUCAUUGAGAAAGUUCUGAAUGGCGACCGUGUGGUGCUACGUCUAUUGGUGUCGCCAAAGGAACACGUUCAGACUGUUGUUGCUGUGGCUGGAAUCCGGGCCCCCUCGGCCAAGCGCACAACCGCCGAAGGCAAGGAGCAGGCUGCUGAGCCAAAUGGUGAUGAGGCGCAACAAUUUGUGGAGGAGCGUUUGUUGCAGCGCAAGGUGAAGGUCACCUUGCUUGGAGUUACACCACAAGGCCAACUCGUGGCAACCCUUCUCCACCCUAACGGAAAUAUCGCUCGAUUCAUUCUGGAGGCUGGUCUCGCACGCUGCCAGGAUCAUCACUCAACACUUCUCGGCGCCGAUAUGGCCCUCCUUCGUCAGGCGGAGAACACCGCCAAGGAUGCGCGCAAGGGUGUCUUCACCGGCCACGUUGGAUCUAAAUCUAGCGGUGCCACCGCUGCUGACUACACCGUUACCCGUGUGCUGAAUGCCGAUACUAUCUUCAUUCGCAACAAGGCCGGUCAGGAGAAGAAAAUCAGCCUCACCAGCAUUCGCCAACCAAAGCCCUCUGACCCCAACCAGGCUUUGUUCGCUGCCAAUGCUAAGGAGUUCUUGCGCAAGCGUGUUAUCGCUAAGAAUGUCAAGGUCACAGUGAACGGCAAGAAGCCCGCGAAUGAGGGAUAUGAAGAACGCGAGGUUGCUACUGUUGUCCAGGGCGAGACCAACAUUGGCCUAGCCCUCGUCGAGGCUGGAUACGCUUCCGUUAUUCGUCACCGUAUGGAUGAUGAUGAUCGUUCACCUGAUUAUGAUGCUCUCCUUGCUGCCGAGGCCGAAGCGCAAAAGGAGGGCCGUGGAAUGUGGUCUGCCAAGCCCCCUAAGACUAAGCAAUACGUGGACUACUCCGAGAAUGUCCAGAAGGCUAAGCUUGAGGUCGGUGUGCUGCAACGUUCCAAGCGAAUCCCCGCCGUUGUCGACUUUGUUAAGUCUGGCUCUCGUUUCACCGUCCUGGUUCCUCGUGAGAACGCUAAGUUGACCUUGGUGCUUUCCGGCAUCCGUGCCCCCCGAUCUGCCCGUGGUCCCAAUGAGGCUGGUGAGCCCUUCGGUCAGGAAGCCCAUGAUCUGGCCAACCGCCGCUGUAUGCAGCGGGAUGUUGAGAUUGAUGUCGAGACCAUCGACAAGGUCGGUGGAUUCAUUGGCAGCCUGUACAUCAACAAGGAGAACUUCACCAAGGUUUUGCUGGAGGAAGGUCUUGCUACAGUACACGCUUACUCAGUUGAGCAGUCCGGUCACGCCGCCGAGUACUAUGCCGCCGAGGAGCGUGCCAAGGAAGCUCGCAAGGGUCUGUGGCACGACUACGACCCGGCCAAGGAGGCCGCCGAGGCCGAAGCUGCCGCGACAGCUGCAAGCGCUAGCGCUACUGAUAACGAGGCCGCCCCAGCUCAGCGCCGCAAGGACUACCGCGAUGUGAUGGUCACCUACAUCGACCCGGAGACUGCCCGCCUCAAGGUGCAGCAAAUCGGCACUGGAACCGGCGCUCUGACCGAGCUCAUGUCCGCUUUCCGCUCAUUCCACAUCAACAAGGCCAACGACACCCCUCUGACAGGUCCCCCCAAGGCCGGUGACUGGGUCGCCGCUCAAUUCAGCGAGGACAACAACUGGUACCGUGGCAAGAUCCGCCGCAACGACCGCGAGAAGGAGACCGCCGAGGUGGUCUACGUUGACUACGGAAACUCCGAGUCCGUCCCCUGGUCCAGCCUGCGCCCUCUCACCCAGCCCCAGUUCUCAGCCCAGAAGCUCCGCCCCCAGGCCGUCGAUGCUGUCCUCUCCUUCUGCCAGUUCCCUACCUCCCCCGACUACCUCCAGGAUAGCGUGGACUUCAUCAGCGACCAGGCCUUUGACCGCGAGCUCGUUGCCAACGUCGACUUCGUCGACGCCGAAGGCACCCUUCACGUCACCCUUAUGGACCCCACCGAUGCCAAGAGCAUUGAUCACAGCAUCAAUGCCGAUAUCAUCACUGAGGGUAUGGCCAUGGUUCCCCGCAAGCUGAAGGCCUGGGAGCGCGCCUCGGCCGACACUCUGGACAAACUGCGUGUCCUCGAGGAUGAGGCCAAGGCUGAGCGCCGCGGCAUGUGGGAGUACGGUGACUUGACUGAGGAUUAA